UCUUGCGCAAGUAGCGGAGGAGUACGCAGCAAAGAGUAGCUGGACACUGUUGUGAGUGUGGGCGUACUCUCUCUCUGUAGAGGCUGUGGACCACAACGAGCAUGGCCAGGUUGGGAACGCCCCGCAGUGGGUGGUGGCGUUGGUGGCUCUCGCCGUGGCGUUUGUUGUUGUGCGUGGAACGCCGACAGAACGAGGCGAGGCCACAGACGGGAGGCCAAAAGCCACACCCGCACAUCACGAGUGCAUUCAUGACAAGCUUCACAUGCUCCAUGCCGAGCUGCCGCAAAUGGCGGCGCAUGCCCGGCUCGCCCCUCAGGACUAUGACCAUGGGCCGGCGGAACAGGCGAGGAUCUCGGCCCGGAGCGGCUCGGAGGGAACCGGGCCUAUUGGACCCAUCCGCCUUGUCCUCGACUUUACCUACUUUGGCUCGAGCGACGACGUUGAUCGGACGUGCCUCAAUGAGGGCGACUCGGUGAAGAUCGGGGACCCGAGCUCGACGUCGGACGUGUGCUCGGACACGGUCAACACCAAUUGCUGGCUCGCUUGCGACGCCGAGUCGGUCUUUACCACCGCCAAGGGCGAACACCUGCAGAACAAGCUGCUUCCGCAGGCCAAGGCCUGGCUCGAGGGCGCACUCUCUGUUGUGCCAUGCGCCGGCAAUCUCAAGCUCACCGGCUCAACAGUCUGCGGGUACAACGGUGGCAUCACCAUCCCGCCGUCGUACACCAGUCCGGGCGUACCCGCUGACAUGGUGCUGUUUGUCACAGCGCGCCCGACGCUCGGCAACGUCAUUGCCUACGCCGGCUCGUGCAAGGAAGACCAGUUUGGCCGCCCAGUCGCCGGCCACAUGAACUUUGGCCCGAACAAGGUCGAUCUCGCCUCGGAAAUGUACAGCAUGCAGCUGGGCGUCGCCAUCCACGAAAUCACCCACGCUCUCGGCUUCCAAUCGUCCAAGUACGGUACGUUCAAGGAUGGGCUCAAUUCGACAAACGCGCUCCCGGGCCCCAUCACCGAGACCGACGAUGGCAUCACCUACCUCAAGACACCCAAGGUUGUGGCCACCGCUCAGGACUACUUUAACUGCCCCUCCAUCACCCGCAUCCCUGUCGAAGACGCCGGCGGCGCAGGUACUGCAGGCUCCCACUGGGAGAAGCGGCUCUUCCUCGACGAGUUUAUGACCGGCUCGUCGUCCAUCAAGCCGGUCCUCUCGGUCUUUACUCUCGCCAUCCUCGAGGACUCGGGCUGGUACCUGCCCGACUACUCCAAGGCUGAUCGCCUCGACUGGGGCCGCAACAUGGGUUGCUCGUUUGUCAAUGAUGACUGCGGCCUUUGGAAGGACUCGGGCGCCUUUGGCUACAACUGCGGCCUCGACACAAAGUCGAACAACCAAUGCACCUACGACCGCAAGGCCAAGGGCUACUGCCAGAUCGAUGACUACUCGCCGGCCACCCUCGCACCCGCCUACCAGCACUUUCCAGGCAUGCCGUCGCUCGGCGGCUUCUCCGACCUCGCAGACUUCUGCCCCAUCACCCGCCCCUACUCCAACGGCCUCUGCUCCCAGUCAUCAACCGCAACCUCCAACUCGUUCAACUACGGCGAGAACUUUCAUGACGAGUCGCGCUGCUUUGACUCGUCGCUCACCGUCGGCGACGACUUUGGCCCGCUUCGCCAAAACUGCCACCGCACUCUUUGCUUCAAUGCCACCGGUCCACUUCGCGUCCAAAUCGGCCUCACCUGGGUCGUCUGCCCCUCGUCCGGCAAGCUCACCGCUCCGGGCUAUGAGGGCUCACUCGACUGCCCCGAUGUCUCCUUCUUCUGCGCCGGCACUCCGUCGACCUCGAUUGCCUUUCCCACCCCGACAAACGUCGAGCCCAAGUCGGUCGGCGAGGGUGACGUCGUGACCGUCACCGGUGAGGGUUUCUUCGCUGGCAUGGACGUCUACCUCGGCCUCCACAAGUGUACCGACGUCACCCUCGUCGAUGCCGCCACGCUCACGUGCGUCGUCGCCGCCCAUCCCGAGUACUCGGAGGAGGUCGACGUCCCGGUCAACACCUACAACGCGGACGGCCAGGGCUCGUACUACUACCCGGUCACUUUCCGCGGCUCAUCUAACUCGCUUCUCAGCAAGGCAUCCGAUGCUUUCAACUCUGCCUCUAACUUUGCUGCCGAGAACUGGUUCUGGAUCUGCCUCGUCCUCAUUUUCCUCGUUCUCGGCUGCGCCUUUUACAAGAUCUGCAUCAAGUCUGGCUCAAAGUCUGCAAAGGUGGCCCCAGCCCCGCCGCCGCACCAUCGCCCGUCGCAGCCGCACCACGCCCCGCAACACGGCCGCGGCGGUGGCCAUCCACAUCAUCCCUACGGCCGCUGA